UCCUCAGGAGCGCCGUGCUUGUGUGUGUAGCCUGCUGGGACCCGGGAUCCCCCAGGAGACCAUGAUGCUGGGCACGGAAGGCGGAGAGGGGUUCGUGGUGAAGGUGCGGGGCUUGCCCUGGUCCUGCUCGGCCGACGAGGUGCAGCGGUUCUUCUCCGACUGCAAAAUUCAAAAUGGGGCUCAAGGUAUUCGUUUCAUCUACACCAGAGAAGGCAGACAGAGUGGCGAGGCUUUUGUUGAACUUGAAUCAGAAGAUGAAGUCAAAUUGGCCCUGAAAAAAGACAGAGAAACUAUGGGACACAGAUACGUUGAAGUAUUCAAGUCAAACAACGUUGAAAUGGAUUGGGUGUUGAAGCAUACUGGUCCAAAUAGUCCUGACACGGCCAAUGAUGGCUUUGUACGGCUUAGAGGACUCCCCUUUGGAUGUAGCAAGGAAGAAAUUGUUCAGUUUUUCUCAGGGUUGGAAAUCGUGCCAAAUGGGAUAACAUUGCCGGUGGACUUCCAGGGGAGGAGUACAGGGGAGGCCUUCGUGCAGUUUGCUUCACAGGAAAUAGCUGAAAAGGCUCUAAAGAAACACAAGGAAAGAAUAGGGCACAGGUAUAUUGAGAUCUUUAAGAGCAGUCGGGCUGAAGUUAGAACUCACUAUGAUCCACCACGAAAGCUUAUGGCCAUGCAGCGGCCAGGUCCCUAUGACAGACCUGGGGCUGGCAGAGGGUAUAACAGCAUUGGCAGAGGCGCUGGCUUUGAGAGGAUGAGGCGUGGUGCUUACGGCGGAGGCUAUGGAGGCUAUGAUGAUUAUAACGGCUAUAAUGAUGGCUAUGGAUUUGGGUCAGAUAGAUUUGGAAGAGACCUCAAUUACUGUUUUUCAGGAAUGUCUGAUCACAGACAUGGGGAUGGUGGAUCUACUUUCCAGAGCACAACCGGACAUUGUGUACACAUGAGAGGAUUACCUUACCGAGCUACUGAGAAUGAUAUUUAUAAUUUUUUUUCGCCACUCAACCCUGUGAGAGUACACAUUGAGAUUGGUCCUGAUGGGAGAGUAACUGGUGAAGCAGAUGUUGAAUUUGCAACUCAUGAAGAUGCUGUUGCAGCUAUGUCAAAAGACAAAGCAAAUAUGCAACACAGAUAUGUAGAACUCUUCUUGAAUUCUACAGCAGGAGCAAGCGGUGGUGCUUACGAACACAGAUAUGUAGAACUCUUCUUGAAUUCUACAGCAGGAGCAAGCAGUGGUGCUUACGAACACAGAUAUGUAGAACUCUUCUUGAAUUCUACAGCAGGAGCAAGCGGUGGUGCUUAUGGUAGCCAAAUGAUGGGAGGCAUGGGCUUGUCAAACCAGUCCAGUUACGGUGGCCCAGCCAGCCAGCAGCUGAGUGGUGGCUACGGAGGUGGCUAUGGUGGCCAGAGCAGCAUGAGUGGAUACGGUAGCCAAGGAGCAGUGAACAGCAGCUACUACAGUAGUGGAAGCCGUGCAUCUGUGGGUGUGAAUGGCAUGGGAGGGGUGUCGGGCAUGUCCACUGUGAGUGGUGGCUGGGCACUGUAACUGGCCCUGGUCACUGACUCUUGGCCAACUUUUUUAAAAGAAAAAAAAAAAAACCUUCAUUUGGUUUAACAGUUUUCGCAAACCAGCCUUGUGAUUUGUGCUUACUCCUACCAUUGGAAAUUAGGAUUGUUUUAAAGACUCAAGGUUCAAUAUUUUUUGAACACAAGUUAUCCAGGAUAUAACAUUGAAGAUGAGUAGGCUGUGUAACUGUUAAACAAUUUUCAGCUUUUCUCAAGGUAGUUAUAUAUUGUAGGAUGUACUUAAGCAGUGUUAUUUAGGUUAAAGCAGUUGAAUUAUGUUAAAUGUUGCUCUUCUACAUUACAUGGAACACUGUUUGGAUGCAUGUUGAAAGACAUGCUGUUUUGUACAAUUUAGGAGCUGUGUCUACAAUUCAAAGAAAUAUUUGGCAUGUUAAUUCUAGUUUCAUUUAAUAACCUGUAAGGCACGUAAGUUUUUUUCUUAAGUUAAUGGGGAAUUUUUGAGACGCAAUACCAAUACCUUAGAAUUUGGUCUUGACGUUUGUAUGAAAUUCUGAGGCCUUGAUAUAAAACUCA